AUGAACGCCCUUUACAAUCAUGCUGUGAAACAGAAAAACCAACUUCAACAGGAAUUGGCUAGAUUUGAAAAGAAUUCUGUGACCGCACCUAUUUCUUUGCAAGGGUCCAUUUCUGCAACUCUAGUUUCUUUGGAGAAGACGGUUAAACAAUAUGCAGAGCAUUUAAACAGAUAUAAAGAAGACACCAACACAGGAGAAAUCGAUCCUAAGUUUGCUAAUCGGCUAGCGACUUUAACACAGGAUCUGCAAGAUUUUAAUAUCAAAUUUAAAAGCCUGAAACAAUCGUACAACGAAUCUAAUUCCAGAACUCAGUUGUUUGGCUCAGGAACCUCGCCUGUUAUGGACUCAGACAACCCCUUUAGCACAUCAGAGACCAUAAUGAGCAAAAGGAACGUUGGAGGUACGAGUGCAAAUGUUAAAGAAGGCGCUAGCAACGGUGGGGGACUACCGUUAUAUCAAGGGUUGCAAAAGGAACAAUCUGUUUUCGAAAGAGGUAAUGCUCAAUUAGAUUACAUACUGGAAAUGGGUCAACAAUCAUUUGAGAAUAUAGUGGAACAAAACAAAAUUUUAUCGAAGGUACAAGAUCAAAUGACAAAUGGCCUAAGAACACUGGGUGUUUCUGAACAAACUAUCACCUCUAUUAACAAGCGGGUGUUCAAGGAUAAACUGGUUUUCUGGAUUGCGCUAAUUCUCCUAAUCAUAGGUAUUUAUUAUGUCUUGAAAUGGUUAAGAUAG